CAUGAAAAACCCACCACAACUUAAUUACCAAGUCCUGAAACAUCGAUCGAUUCUUCACAUUUACAUAUACACAUAUAAAAUCAAGAUCCACCAGAUAUACGUAGAAUGUCGCCGUCAAUGAUAGCGCUGGUGGUGGAAGAAGAGAACAAGAAAUACCAAAGAGGUGUGAAACAUCUUUGUGACAACGGUCUGACCAAAGUGCCAACCAAAUAUAUAUGGCCUGAACCUGACCGACCCAUCUUCACAAAACCCGACAAGCUCAUCAAACCAAAACAAAACCUAAAGCUUCCCAUCAUAGAUAUCGCCGAGCUCCUUGGACCUAACCGGUCUCAUGUCCUACGAACCAUAGCCGAGGCCUGCGAAAACUAUGGAUUCUUCCAGGUGGUGAAUCAUGGAAUGGAGGGAGACGUGAGCAGGUAUAUGAUAGAAGUCUGUAAGAGAUUCUUUGAGCUUCCGUACGAGGAGAGAUCAAAGUACAUGACGUCGGACAUGUCGGCUCCAGUACGGUACGGCACGAGUUUUAACCAGAGCAAAGACAAUAUCUUUUGCUGGAGGGACUUCUUGAAACUCUCUGCACAUCCUCUCCCUGAUUAUUUUCCUUACUGGCCUUCUUCUCCAUCCGAUUUCAGGAGUUUGGCGGCUAUUUACGCGAAAGAAACGAAAGAGAUGUUCGAUUUGAUGGUGAAAGCCAUAUUGGAGAGCCUUGAAAUCGACGGUGAGGGAGACAAGGCGGCCGAGGAGUUGAAAGAAGGUAGUCAGUUGGUGGUUGUGAACUGUUAUCCGCCGUGUCCACAGCCGGAGCUGACGCUGGGGAUGCCACCACACUCCGAUUACGGCUUCGUGACUCUUCUUCUGCAAGACGACGUUGAAGGGCUUCAGAUUAUGUACCGUGACGAAUGGGUCACUGUUGAUCCCAUUCCUGGCUCCUUUGUCGUCAACGUUGGUGAUCAUCUCGAGAUAUUUAGCAACGGGAGGUACAAAAGCGUGUUACAUAGGGUAUUGGUGAAUUCCACAAAGCCUAGGAUAUCAGUUGCGUCGCUGCAUAGCUUCCCUUUGACAUCCGUUGUGAAGCCCUCGCCGAAACUCACCGACGAGCAUAAUCCACCACAGUAUAUGGACACCGAUUUUGCCACUUUUCUUCAGUAUAUAUCUUCUCGAGAACCCAAGUGGAAGAAUUUUCUCGAAUCACGCAAGAUUCACCAUAUAAGAUGAACGAAAAAUAUGAUCAUCUUUCUUCUUGUAAUGUUAAUAAAGAUAAGGUGAAUUAGAUUAAUUGUGGUAUAGAUCUAAGUCAAGGUUAAAAGAUGAUAAAUAAUAUAAGUCUCUAGCUUUGUUUCAUAUAGGGGGUAACCUAAACCCAACCAAACCGGAACAAAAUGUCUCCUACAUUAAUCUCGAAUUACAUGUUCAACAUAAUCUUUCUUUUAACAGCACUUGUUGUGAUAAUCUAAGAAGUCGAAUAAGAAUUCCAGUUGAUUGAUUUGCUUAUACAUGUUAAGUGGCCAAGUCAGAUCUUGGUUUACCGGUUUAAGAAGUUUUAGUUGGCCUGAAACUUUUUGUUUUUUACAGAAGGCAUUUGGCCUGAAACUUCUAUAUCUCUUUUCUCCUCACUAAUAAGAAAAUGAAAUGGACCACAAUACAUGCUCUGACGGAUGGAAUUUGUUGGAAAUGAGAGUUCAGUUAACUAGACGCACCAAAAAUAGUUCAUGCAGAUCAAAUAAGGUCUUUAAAGAUCGAGAGUCGUUGUCUUUCUUUUUUUCAACUAGAUUUUCAAUUCACAACAUAUCGGUAGUAAUAUGUAUGAUCAAGGGUUUUGACAGAUUUUAAUAGAAUUUCUGAGUCAUAAACAUUAAAUAUUUAUAAUAAAUUAAGCACGGUUAAAUUCAUCAUCUUAGAUAUACGUUUUGAAUUUAUAAAAUUGGCCAUUCUUGAUUCCCAAAACAUAAGAAGUUUUGAGUUUUUUAUUUCUUUCUUUUCAAAAGAGUAUUUUAUACUUUUAAAACAUGUACAAGUUGU